AGAAUAUCGAACCGUGCCCUACCACACGUCUCCAGCUCUCCUGAACGCUACUUCUUCGAAAGUUCUCUCUUUCCUGCCUUCCUCACCAUCGUCAUCCCACAGCAAUAAAAGAGAAUCCUGUGCUCACGGACUCUCUCUAAACCGAUCACCAUGGACGUCAAGAAGCACGUGUACUACUUCGGUGCGCCGAAGGCUGAUGGCGACCGCGACAUGAAAAUGCUGCUCGGCGGCAAAGGCGCCAACCUGGCGGAGAUGGUGAACAUCGGCAUCCCGGUGCCGCCCGGCUUCACCAUCACGACGAAGGUGUGCGCGGAGUUCCAGCGGACCAAGACGAUCCCGGAGGACGUUGUGGCGCAGGUGCGGGAGAACGUCGCGCGCGUGGAGAAGGCAAUGCACAAGCGGUUCGGUGAUGUGGACAAUCCGCUGCUGUUCUCCGUGCGCUCUGGUGCUGCCGCGUCGAUGCCCGGCAUGAUGGACACGGUGCUGAACCUUGGCCUGAACCGCGAGAUCGUGGAGGCGUGGGUGCAGCGCUCGCCGGAGCAGGCGCGCUUCGUGUACGACUCGUACCGCCGCUUCAUCACGAUGUACGCGGAUAUCGUGAUGCGCGUUGGCCGCGAGGACUUCGAGCACGCGCUGGGCCACAUGAAGGUGCUGAAGGGCACGCAGUUCGACACGGACCUGAGCGCCGACGACCUGAAGAAGCUCGUGGACGAGUACCUCAUUCUAUUCGAGCGGAAGAGCGGCAAGCCGUUUCCGCAGGACCCGUGGGAGCAGGUGUUCGCUGCCAUCCGCGCCGUGUUCCGCAGCUGGGGCAACCCCCGCGCGACGAUGUACCGCCGCCUGAACCACAUCACCGGCCUGAUCGGCACUGCGGUGAACGUGCAGGCGAUGGUGUUCGGCAACGUGAACGAGCGCUCCGCGACCGGCGUGGCCUUCUCGCGCAGCCCGUCGACUGGCGAGAACUUCUUCUACGGCGAGUACCUGGUGAACGCGCAGGGCGAGGACGUGGUUGCCGGCAUUCGCACGCCGCAGCAGAUCGGCAAGGCGCUGUCGCUGAAGUGGGCGCAGGAGCACGGCGUGAGCGAGGAGGAGCGCCAGAGGCGCUACCCGUCGAUGGAGGAGUCCAUGCCGGAGAACUACAAGCUGCUGUGCGACAUCCGCGCAAAGCUGGAGGAGCACUACCGUGACAUGCAGGACAUCGAGUUCACCGUUGAGAGCGGCCGCCUGUGGAUGCUGCAGUGCCGCAACGGCAAGCGCACGAUCCACGCCGCGCUGAAGAUUGCGAUCGACAUGCACCGGUCCGGCAUGAUCUCGAAGGAGGAGGCCGUGCUGCGCGUGGACCCGGAACAGGUGGACCACCUGCUGCACCCGAACAUCGAGCCCGCUGCGGCGAAGGCUGCGAAGCCGAUCGGCAAGGGUCUUGCUGCGUCCCCCGGUGCCGCUGUGGGCCAGGUUGUGUUCGACGCGGAGUCCGCGAAGUCGUGGGCUGCGCAGGGCAAGCAGGUGAUCAUGGUGCGUCUGGAGACGUCUCCGGAGGACCUUGCCGGCAUGCACGCUGCGCAGGGUAUCCUGACCGCCCGCGGUGGCAUGACGUCGCACGCUGCGGUGGUUGCUCGGGGCAUGGGCAAGUGCUGUGUGUCCGGCUGCGGCGAUAUGGUGAUCAGCGGCCGCAGCUUCGCGCUGAACGGUAAAUUUAUCAAGCAGGGUGACGUGAUCACGCUGGACGGUACGCGUGGCCUGAUCUACAAGGGUGCGCUGAAGCUGAAGCCCGCGAGCCUGGAGGGUGACUUCAAGAUCUUCGUGCGGUGGUGCCAGGAGCUGAAGCGUCUGAACGUGCGUGCGAAUGCUGAUACGCCGGCGGAUGCCGACAAGGCGCGUGAGUUCGGUGCAGAGGGCGUGGGUCUGUGCCGCACGGAGCACAUGUUCUUCGAAGCCACCCGUAUUAAUGCGAUGCGUGAGAUGAUUCUCGCGGACACGAAGGAGGGGCGUGAGGCGGCGCUGAAGAAGGUGCUGCCGAUCCAGCGUGGUGACUUCGAGGGUCUGUUCCGCGCGAUGAAGGGCAGCCCUGUGGUGAUCCGCCUGCUGGACCCCCCGCUGCACGAGUUCAUCCCCCACGAGCGCGUGGCACAGGAGGAGCUCGCGGCUAAGCUUGAUGUACCUCUGGAGAAGGUGCGCCAGCGCGUGAAGGCAUUGCACGAGCAGAACCCGAUGCUUGGUCUGCGUGGGUGCCGUCUGGGUAUCACGUAUCCCGAGAUCUACAACAUGCAGGUGCGCGCCAUCAUCGAGGCUGCCGUGGAGGUGUCGAAGAGCGGAGUGCCGGUGAAGCCGGAGAUCAUGAUCCCGCUUGUUGGCAAGAAGGCUGAACUGAGCUUCACGAAGAAGCACGCCGUGACGACUGCGGAGCAGGUGCUUGAGCGGAAGGGCUGCCGCGUGCACUACACGAUCGGCACGAUGAUUGAGGUGCCGCGCGCUGCAUUGACGGCGGACGAGAUCGCCGAGGAGGCGGACUUCUUCUCCUUCGGCACGAACGAUCUGACGCAGAUGAGCUGCGGCUUCUCGCGCGAUGACGCCGGCCAGUUCCUGCGCCUGUACGAGGACCUCGGCAUCUACACUCGCGACCCCUUCCAGUCACUGGACCAGGAGGGCGUUGGUGAGCUGUUACGCAUUGCCGUCCGCAAGGCCCGCGCGGUGAAGCCGAUGCUGAAGAUGGGGAUCUGCGGCGAGCACGGCGGUGACCCGCGCACCAUCGAGUUCUGCCACCGCUCCGGCCUAGACUACGUGUCGUGCUCUCCCUUCCGUGUGCCGGUCGCCAUCGUGGCCGCUGCUCACGCCGCCGUGGUGGAGAGGCAGGAACACGCCGAGAGGUACAAGGCUCUCGCGGCAUCCAAAGAGUAG